AGGCAAACGGUAUGAACGGGCCCACCAAUUUGGUCCUAGCCGCACACCGUAGUUGGGGUGCCACCGCGCUGCUGUUGUCGUAGAGAGGUUGGCCCUCCGCUGAAAACAAAUUAACUCCAGCAGGAAUCGCACCAUAAAUAGUGAGGCAUCAUGGGCAACACAAGUGACAGGGUGUCCGCAGAUCGCCAUGGAGCCAAGGCCCACCGCUCAGACAGCAGCGGUCACAAAGACCAUGAACCCAGCAGCAAGAUGGUGGACAGCACAGACGACCCCAACAUCUUCAACACCCACGGGCCAGAGUCCAAGGAGCAGAAAGAGUCAGAUCUGGGUGACCAGGUAAAAACUGGUCCUCAGGCUCGACCCACGGUCAUCCGCUGGGCUGGAGGGGGAAAAGAGGUUUACAUCGCUGGUUCCUUUAAUAACUGGAGCACAAAGAUACCUCUCAAUAAGAGCCAUAAUGACUUCGUAGCGAUCCUAGACCUGCCAGAAGGAGAGCACCAGUACAAGUUUUUUGUAGACGGACAGUGGGUCCACGAUGCCACAGAGCCGGUUGUAACCAGCCAACUCGGCACCAUAAACAACCUGAUCCAGGUGAAGAAGUCAGACUUUGAGGUGUUUGACGCUCUUCAUGUUGACUCUCUGGAGUGCUCCGACACAUCAGACCUGUCCAGCUCCCCUCCAGGUCCAUACGGGCAGGAGCAGUACAUCUUCAGACCUGAGGAGCACUUCAAAGCCCCACCUAUACUCCCUCCUCACCUCCUUCAAGUCAUUCUCAACAAGGACACCAAUAUUUCUUGUGACCCUGCCCUGCUGCCUGAGCCCAACCACGUCAUGCUGAACCACCUUUACGCUCUGUCGAUAAAGGAUGGAGUCAUGGUGCUGAGUGCGACUCACAGAUACAAGAAGAAAUACGUCACCUCUCUGCUUUACAAGCCUAUCUAAACCUCAACUCGGGUGCUCCUCAGUGCUUUUAGAGAGCAGCAUGUUUGUAUUCUGCUGUUGUUUUCUUUCUGUAUCAUCACGUUUAGCCAAAUGAACUUGCACUGAAACAAGUUUACAGGCGAGCUGAAGGCCAGUGGCUGUGACUGUGGCUUGGUUUUUAAGAGGUUGCACUUCUGUCUACAUAGGGCUCUGAACAAAAGUAGCGAAGUGUGUGUGUGUGUCUGUGUCUGUGUGUGCGUGUGUGUGUGUGUGGGGGCGGGGGGGGUGUCAGAGAGAGAUGAAAACCAUACUGUGGCUUUUUUUCCUGUGACAUCUACAGACAGAGACUGACUAAAUCACUGUGUGUGUUUGAGUGUUUGCUGCACUUUGUGAAUAUAUGCAUGUCUGUGUGUAAAGCGAGAUGUUUUUUAAAAUGCUGGGAGUAAGUGAAAGGGGCGAUGUGUGGAGGAUCGGGUUCUUUUGAGGACUUUUGAGUGUUACUGAUGUGGAUUAACAUUUUGACUUUUAAGUGUUGUGUCGUCAAAUCUUUGAACCGAUUGAUAGCAUUUAUGGCAAGUGCAUACAGAAUGACUCAGUGUGUCCAGAGUGAGGGCCUGUAGGUGCUGGAGAGAGCAGCAUUGCUUAAACAUUAAGUGCAAUAACCUGCUGGAAAGAGAUGUGAAUUUUAACUCGAGAUAGACUCACAAGCAUGACAAACAAGAACAGGAUGAGGAGGCAGCAGUGAACGUGUUACUUUGUCUGUACAUAUUACAUAUUGAAUUUCUCACAGUUUAGCCAUCAUUCAGUGGAAUCUACAGCGUCAGCUCAACCACCAAGAAGUCCAGAAUUCCAGUUUGGUUCAUGUUAUCAGUCCCUCCAGGAUAUUGCAGGCUUUUAUUGGGAUAGUUGCGGCCUUAAGUCUAAAAUUGCAGUUCAUGUUACUCUGUUUUUACAGCUUUCUUUGCAAUUAAAUUGUGGAAACAAGUGGAAGGCAUCUAGUUACAGUGAGAAGAAAAACACCCUGUUGUGAGUUUGUGACCCUGCAUAUUUAGCAGCUGGGAGAAAUUGUCCUCGAGGGCUUUCUGCCAGAAAGAGACCUCUUGGUUAAUGUUUGGAAAAAAGUAGUGGUUUGAGUUUAAAUUCUGGGAGAAAGCCUACAAGGAAAACUUCUUCCAUGUAUUUAAUCUGAGCUACGUUGAUGCUCCCAGCACGUGCAAGAGACGUGAAUGCAACAGCCUCUGUGAUGGUGAUUUGUCUUACCUGUCACCAGAUUUGUUUUGUGUCAGAAAGGUGUUGGUCAAUUGAUGUCGUCUGUGUUCCAUCACAGUGUUGCAGAACAGUUUACCCCGCCCUCGUGCAAAACAUCAGGGAAUUACCUCGCUCGGUCUUCGGCAGUAAUUUUUGUCGGUAAAUGUGAGACAUUCGUGUUGCACGUCUGCAGCUUCACAACCAGACCAGAUUUUACUGUGCAUGACACCCUGCCUUCAUUUAUUGGCAUUGCUAGAAACAAGGAAGUGAGUGUGGUGACGUAAUGCUGCUGUGAUUGGUGAAACUCAUGGGAAACUACUAUGAUUUGUGAUUAGACACAAUUGAAAGGUCGCACAGAAUUCACAGGGUUGAAUUUGGGUUAAUUGCUGCAAUCGCAACAUCCUGGAGGGGCUGUUUUCUGGUAACUAUUAAUUUCUGUGUCAACACUUUCCAGAUGGGGAACAGAGGUCAAAGGUCAAUGUUUAGUUCUGCUGUUGCCUUUAUCCUGACAUAAUUUAGCGAGCACUUUACCAUCCUGUGAGCAGGAGUGUUGAUAUAAGCUUUUAACUAUGCAGCAGACAACCCUUACUGUACUGUAGCUUCUCUGGAUCAUAGAGCCCAACUUGUGCUUUGACUUCUUUAGAUAUGAUGAACUUUGCAGUGCUUUAUUUGUGUGCGUGUGCAUCUGUAUUGAGUUGUAUUUAUCAAACAGGAAUGUACUGUGUGUGUCUGUCACAUGUGUAGUCAUACACACGGGCAGUUUUUAACCUGCUGCUUUGCAUGCAUUAAAUGUCUGCGACUUGUGUUGAUCCGACACAUUUACUGAGCGUGGUGCACAUUGGGAUGCAGAUCGACGGCAUUCAGAUGAAUUUACAGGGCUAUGAGGAUAGGUAGUUGCCAUUGAUUUUAAAAGUGUACAAAGUUUGCUCUCACGUGUUCUUUAAAGUGUAAACCAUUUAAGGUGAUCUGUAUUUUAAGGUAAGGUGGCUUUGAAAGUUAUUUUUGUCACGUGUUGUUUAAUUGUCUGCAUUUACAGUUAAGUAUAUAUAAAUAUACUCGUGGUUGAUACACGCCACAGACUUAUAAACGGGGCUUUCAAAGAUCCUGUUGGUGUUCAACUAGACGCUCUGAAAGUAUUUUGUGAAUGUCGAGCCUAGCCUUGAAGUUUCGUCCAAAGAGUUUUUAAAUCUUAUAGAUGUGAUAAGGGAGACUGGACAAGCGCCGUGGACGUGGUGUUUUAAGGCUAAAACCAAAACUUGAAUUUUACAACCGUUUCAUGAAUGUUUUAAAAUGCUUUGCAGAACCAGUGUGAUGAUUCACUGUACAAGGUUUUACUUGUUUGCAAAUAAAGAGAGGACACGCUGGUCCUAAUCCC